UGCUCUUGUUUAUCCCUUGGGGCUGUGUUCUCUAUCAUAUGAACGGGUACUUUUCCUUAUGAAUUUUUUUCCUCAUGAAAGAAACACACAUGCAGUGUCAGUGACAGGAGAGCAGUGUGAGUCUUUCUCCGCUCUACCUGCCCCUAUUUUUGGCACAUCACACACGUCAUUGUACCUGUGCUUAGACACUAGACGGAGACCUUGAUUUAUAUCCAUGCUUCUGGCUGGAUCCUGAAUCAUACAUCUCACUUGUUUGUUCACCUUCAGUUUGUUAUUUUCUGCUGGAGAAGAAAUGAUUCUUUGCCAUGUUAAGAAAACUGAAAUGUAUUUCUGCUGUGUUAUACUUGUGAUGUUAGUAGUCAUGCAAGAUACAUUACAAAGUGAGAUCGAAGAGAGACUCUUCCGUAAGCUUUUCGCGCAUUACAAUCAGCACAUAAGACCGGUAGAAAAUGUGUCUGAUCCUGUCAUGGUACAAUUUGAGGUUGCAAUAACUCAGAUUGUUAAUGUGGAUGAAGUUAAUCAAAUCUUGGAGACCAACUUGUGGCUUCGUCAUAUCUGGAAUGAUUACAAGCUGCAGUGGAAUCCUAUAGAUUAUGAUGGAAUUGAAUUUAUGCGUGUUCCUGCAGACAAGAUUUGGAAACCUGACAUUGUCUUAUAUAAUAACGCUGUUGGAGACUUUCAAGUAGAAGGAAAGACUAAGGCUUUACUGAAAUACAACGGCCUAAUAGCCUGGUCCCCUCCAGCAAUCUUCAAGAGCUCAUGUCCGAUGGAUAUAACUUUUUUUCCAUUUGAUCACCAGAAUUGUUCAAUGAAGUUUGGGUCGUGGUCAUACGACAAAGCGAAAAUAGACCUUUCUAUCAUUGGAUCAAAAGUUGACAUGAAAGAUUUUUGGGAGAACAAUGAAUGGGAAAUAGUAGAUGUAUCUGGAUAUAAACACGAUAUUAAGUACAAUUGUUGUGAAGAGAUCUAUACCGAUAUAACAUAUUCUUUUUACAUCAGAAGACUUCCUAUGUUCUACACCAUUAAUCUGAUUAUGCCAUGCCUCUUCUUAUCAUUUUUAACUGUACUGGUGUUCUACCUUCCAUCUGACUGUGGGGAGAAAGUCACUCUCUGCAUAUCUGUGUUGUUGUCCUUGACUGUGUUUUUGUUGGUAAUCACUGAAACCAUUCCCUCAACUUCUCUGGUAAUUCCACUUGUUGGAGAAUACCUUCUAUUCACUAUGAUAUUUGUAACUCUAUCUAUAGUAGUUACGGUAUUUGUGCUUAACAUCCAUUACCGAAACCCAACAACACACAAAAUGCCUGGAUGGGUCAGGGGUGUCUUUUUGAAACGCCUUCCUAAAUUACUAAUGAUGAGAAAGACUAUGGAGAAGAAAGACCGACCUUGUUCUAAAAGAAUCAAGAAGAGAAAUGUUGGUAAGACUGGAAAACUCAUGAAUUCACAGUGCAGAGAUGUGGAAGUUUUUGAAGAUGAGACUUGUUAUCACUGUAUGAGAACAAAGGAACAGAGCACCAGAAACCGCAGGCGACAUCACCAAGAAGCUUGUAACGCAGUUCAGCAUUCUCCAGGAGAAAUUACAGAUGUUGUUGAUAGCAUUCAGUUCAUGGCACAAAAUUUCAAAGAUCAUAAUGAAAGGAAAGAGGAAGAAGAUGAUUGGAAGUACGUUGCAAUGGUUAUUGACCGAGUCUUUCUUUGGGUCUUCAUAAUCCUAUGUGUUGUAGGGACCACUGGCUUGUUUUUACAGCCAAUGAUAGAUGGGUAAAAAAGAUUUUCUACAGGAACUUUUUUUACACGCCUUUUGUAUAAUUGAUAAAGACACUUUUCAUUUUAUUUUACAUGUGUUUUCAUAUGUAUUUACAUAACUGAUAGAGGGUGGUGCACAAAAAUAAUUGAGCUUGAAGCAGGAAUUUAAUUCAAUAAUGAAUAUUACAUUCACAGUCAAUUAUGACAACAACAGAAACAACAGUGAUUGAGCACAAUGAUUUUGUGUCACUUACUGUACUUAAUUCCUCCACAAUUUGGGCUCCUCUUUAUUAGCUUCCCCCUAGUGAAUCUGAUCCAUUCACAGUGUAGUGAAGUCUAAUGGUUGAGGACUCUUACAAAUACCUGUUAUGUUGCAAGCAAUGACAAAGCAUUACACCAAAAUUGCAGAUCUAAAACUGGUUAAAUAGUUUUGAACAUUACAGUAAAGGUAACAGAUACAGCGUUACAAAGAGUGCGCUAUUACAAACCAAAAUAUACAGUUUCUUUGAUAAGAAAAUUGUUGUAUUAGCUGACAUUGGGAGGCCAACUUGUAAUUGUCAUAUAGUAAAGAUUACUCAUGGGUUAUGCAAUGGGUAAAAUAAGUAUUGAACACAUCACCAUUUUCUACAUAAAAUAUUUCUAAAGGUGCUUUUGACAUGAAG